UUGAUACCGACAGAUCUCUCUCUCUCUCUCUCUCUCUCUCUCUCUCUCUCUCUUUCUCUCUCUCGUCGUGGUGGUGGUGGUGGUGGUGGUGGGGGAUUUGAGAAGACUGGGGAAUGGAGACCCCUCUGAUCACCGAGGCGAGCAGCAGCGGUGCCGUCGACCGCGGCGGCAGCGACGGCGGCUACCAGAGAUCGAAGCCGUAUCACCGGAGGUCCGACGCCAUAGCUUACGGCACGCGGUAUCAGAAGGCCGCGGCUCUCGUUGAUCUGGCAGAAGACGGUAUUGGUCUUCCUGAGGAAGUUCUGAAUGAUAUAAGAUUUGAAAGGGCCGCAAAGUUCUACUUUACAUAUAUCCGCUUUGAUUUGCUGUGGUCACUUAAUCUUUUUGCAUUAAUUCUACUGAACUUUCUUGAGAAGCCUUUGUGGUGUACCAGGUAUGGCCAAUAUUCAUGUGAGGAAAGAGACUUUUUUUUCCUUGGGCAGUUGCCUUACUUAAGCAGCAUGCAAUCCCUCACUUAUGAGGGGAUCACACUUUUAAUUCUUGUUCUGCAUACAUUUCUUCCACUUGCAUAUGAAGGUUGUUGUCUCUAUUGGAAGAGCCCUUUGAACAAAUUGAAGGUCAUGCUUCUCAUAAUCUUAGUUUGUGAUAUGUUGGUCUACUCUCUUUAUCUAUCUCCAGUGCUUGUUACUUCUUUACCUUUCAGACUCGCCCCGUACAUUCGUGUUGUCUUUGUUGCAUUGACAAUCAGGGAAUUGCGUGCAUGUAUGCUCACAUUGGCUGGAAUGGCUAGCAUGUAUCUCAAUGUCUUGGGAAGGACCAUGUUCUAUUCCUAUGGUGCCACAUUGUAUCAAAUGUUUGUUCUUUUCACCACAUCUAACAAUCCGGAUGUAUGGAUUCCUGCUUACAAGAAAUCACGUUGGUCUUGCCUAUUAUUUGUCAUCUAUGUGCUGUUGGGGGUUUACUUUCUAACGAAUCUUAUUCUUGCGGUCGUUUAUGAUAGCUUUAAAGCUCAGCUUGCGAAGCAAGUGGCUGAGAUGGAUUCUAUGAGAAUAAGCAUCUUGGGAAAGGCAUUCAGUCUCAUAGAUGUUUAUAAGCAGGGGUUUCUGAACAAAGAGCAGUGCAUUUGCCUAUUUGAGGAAUUGAACAAGUACAGGUCCUUGCCAAAAACUUCUAAGGAAGAUUUUGAAUUAAUAUUCAGUGAACUUGAUGAUAGUGGUGAUUUCAAGAUUAAUUUGGAAGAAUUUACUGAUCUCUGCAGUGCAAUUGCCCUAAGGUUUCAAAAGGAGCCUUCUCCUUCAUGGUUUGAAAACUGCCCAUCAUUUUACCAUUCACCUCCGUGCAAGAAUUUGAAAGCUUUUGUGCGCAGCCCCAUGUUUGGAUAUAUUAUAGUUUUUGUACUUGUUCUCAAUCUAGUUGCUGUUGUUAUUGAAACAACGCUUGAUAUAGAGAACAGUUCUGCGCAGAAAAUUUGGCAGGAAGUGGAGUUUUUCUUUGGGUGGAUUUAUGUGUUAGAGAUGGCUUUGAAAAUAUUUUCAUUUGGAUUUGGUGCUUACUGGUUGGAAGGCCAAAAUCAGUUUGAUUUUGUGAUCACAUGGAUAAUAGUUAUUGGAGAGAGUCUGACCUUUUUCUUCCCAAAUCAGCUUCCUUUUCUUUCAAAUGGAGAGUGGAUUCGUUAUCUUUUAAUUGCAAGGAUGUUGCGCUUGAUUAGGCUGUUGUUGCAUAUUCGACGCUAUAGAGCAUUUGUGGCAACAUUCUUAACAUUAAUUCCAAGUUUGAUGCCAUAUCUUGGGAUCAUAUUUUGUCUUCUAUGUAUUUAUUGUUCCCUUGGUGUACAGCUGUUUGGUGGGAUUGUAAACUUUGGAAACCCGAAUUUGGAAGCAACUGAUCUUUUUGCGGAGGACUAUGUUCUUUUUAAUUUUAAUGACUACCCAAAUGGAAUGGUUACACUAUUCAAUUUGUUAGUGAUGGGAAAUUGGCAAGUCUGGAUGCAGAGCUACAGGGAUCUCACAGGAACUUCUUGGACACUCGCUUACUUCGUUAGUUUUUAUCUUAUAACGGUACUGCUUCUACUUAAUCUGGUUGUAGCAUUUGUUCUGGAGGCAUUCUUUGCUGAAAUGGAACUUGAAACAACUAGUGGAUCUGAAGAAGACAAGGAUGCACCUCAAAAGAAGGACCGACGCCGACGUGUUGGUGUGAAGUCUAGGAGUCGCACGGUAGACAUUCUUCUUCAUCACAUGCUGAGUGCUGAACUAAGUCAAAACUCAAAGCUGUAAAGCCUAGUUCUACAUCUACAGGGGAUGACAAAAAUAACCAAAGGUGUUCAAUAUACUUCGAGGUUUUAAAGGCAACUUCACGUCAGUAUUGGACUGCAUGUAUCAGCGGGCAUGGGAAGUAACUUGGAAUUGAUUUAUUCAUGCAGGAAUAUAUGAAUGGGUGGUUGUCUUUUGAGAUGCAAUGUAAGUGGAAUAUGCUUCUGUUUGAUUUUUCUUUUUGUCUAGUCUCCUUGUUGAAAGGUGAUAUACUUUUUUUAUUUAAUUGGUUUGGAGAAUAUUUGGUUAGCACUGCUAUGCAACAACUGCCUGAUUAAGAUUACUUUCACGCGCGCUUACUGAAGCCUUAUUUUAAGAACUAGCCCGCCACUGCAAGAGAUCAAGAGGUGGAUAAACUACAGGGAUGUUACAAGAAGAAAGAAGACCAUGAGAGGGCAGGUUUUCCUCUGUAUUCCAGCAAAGUAAGGCGUGGGAAGUUUUUAGAAACAAUGUUUAGCGUGGCGUGGGACCUGCCCUUGCUUGCUCUUGUCUUUUUAUUGAAAUAAAACAUAGGGUAUCUGCA